AUGAGUUGUUUGAAAGCUACAUUUACACCUUCUGUUUCUGGUAAUGUAUUGGGUUUGUCUACUGCACAGCAAAUUUGGUAUUUUCUUGAAGUAAGCUUUAAAAAUCAGUUCAUGGCUAGGAAGACUAUGCUGAGAAAUCAAUUACAUGGUUGCAAGAAAGGUAACUCCACAGUUCUUGUUUAUCUUCAAAAUUUAAAGACUAUUGCUGAUUCUUUAGCUGCAAUAGGAGAAAAGGUCUCUGAAUCUGACUUAGUAAUGUAUGUACUCAAUGGAUUGGGAAGGGAGUUUGAUAGUUUUGUAAUUUCUGCUCAAUAUACAGACGUUCCCUUUACUUUUGCUGAGCGAAAACCAAGGCUAUUAAAUCAUGAACAAUGGCUUGUUGAUCAACAUAAGGAUACCAGUUUAAUCUUUGAUACACAAAAUUCUUAUGCCUUAUAUUCAAGAAAUGGUAAUAAUGGUAGAAAUAAUGGUUAUGGGAGAGGAAGAAUAAGAAUAAUACUGGUGGCAAUAAUGGUGGUAGUGGAUAUGUAG